AUGGGUCCUGCUGCUUUUAAUCCUUGCUGGAAUGGCAUGCAACCUGGUUUUGAUGGGUUUAAUGCCUUAUGGUGCUGGUCCUAUGCCCUAUGGGGUUAUGGAGUAAAUCCUAUGGAUUUUCAGUUUGGGGGUUUUCGCCAUUUGAUCCAUUUCAGGACAUGGUGGUAUUCUUCCAUACUGCCCACAAGGGACCUUUCUGAGUUAGUAGGAUACAAUGCUCCCCCACCUGUCAUGAGUAGAGAGGAAUUUGAAGCUCGAAAAGCUGAUCUAAAGAGAAAGCGUGAUAUGGAGAAACGCGAGGAAAGGGAAUUUUCUAAAGAUGGGGAAUAUGGAAGAGAAGGGAGCAGUAUAGUCAAUGUUGCUUCGAGAUCCAAAUCUAGAUUGACACCCGGUGUCGACCACCACCCUCCAAGUCGCAACCGUCACUCUUCCCGGGACCCUGAGCUCCCUCGUCCGUCUUCCAAGAGGAAGUCUGACUACGAACAUGAUGACCACCACCAGCGCCAUCAUGAAGAAACCAACCGCGACAAGUAUUACGAAGAGCCCCACGGUGACAAGGAUCACCACCGCAGCAGCAGCAGCCACCUCCGCCGCUCGCAGUCCCCCACGGAAGCGUUAUCUCAGGCAGCAGCCGCUGCGGCUGACAAGAAGCAAAAGGCCAGUGUGUUCUCCCGCAUCAGCUUCCCUGCUGGUGGCGAAGCAGCUACCAAGAAAAGAAAGCUCUCUUCAUCCGAUAUAGCAGCUGCCAGUUCCACGAGUCACCGAACAUCGAACGGACAGCAUGAAGAGCACAGGGUAGCUACUGGAUCGAGAAAAGGCGGUAGCUCUGCUGUCUCUGUGGAUCACAACAGCAGUGAUGAUGAGAGGCAUUUCAAGAGGCGGCCAUUGAGGUACUCCUCGUCGCCCCCGCCUGCUGCUCCGGUGGAGGAGCACCGCCACUCUAGAGGGUCGAGGGAGAGAGAGAGGGAGAGGAGCAAGCGUAGGUAA